AAAGCACGAAACUUCAACAUAACCUAUCCGAAUGGAACUCUAGAAUGCAUUUUAAUACAUUGUCGGCAAUUAUCAGUAGAGUGUGUAUUCUGGCGUACUGUGUGACGUGCGUUUGGUGUCGAAGCUGUCAGAAUGGUAGCGGAUGUCCAAAUAACGUUUUUACCAAAUGAAGUGAUCGAGUACAUCUUGGAAGAUAAAAGUAUUAAUAUUUCGGACGUUCUGAAUUUCUCCUUGACCUGCAAACAAUUUCACAGGAUCAUAUCCAGCAGCAACAAACUUUGGAGGAUUAAGUUUUUUCAAAGAUGGCCACAUAUCAAAGAAGCCUACGAGGUAGAAGAAAAGCAAGGGUGGAAAGUGCAAUCGUGGGUGCAGGAGAUACAAAGCAGUGUACAAAGCAGGAAAAAGCUAUUGGAACAUCUGGAGAUGAUGUCUGCUAAAUAUUAUAAAAAGCAUGAACUUUCACACUCUGAAUUUAAGGAUUUAGAUCCACUAUUCCGUUCUGAACAAGGAGCCCAUCCUCUGGCGUAUCACUUCCUUGUGGAUGAAUUAAUUGCUUUGAUUCAGCGUCCAGUCAGAAGCAGUAAUUUAACGCACAAGUAUUAUGCAUACAAGGUUGUGCGAUAUCUGCGCCAAAAUUAUUUAUCCGAUGAAUGGCUGAGAUUCGUUCAGUUACCUCCCAGGCAACAAAUUCUAGAAUAUGGUGCCACGUUAGUAGCUCAAUGGAGUCAACCAGAGAGGCGUGUGUCAUACCCGCGUAUAUCGAGUAUGUUGGAUGAGAUUGCAAAACAAACCAAGAAUUUAUUGCGCAUACAAGUACCUGGACAUUCUAUUUUUAAAACCCCGCCCGAUGUCCUGAAAUUAUGGAAGACCACGAAUAUUGAUGAUAACCAAUGGUCCGUUCGGGAGACAAGGGAAAUUAUGAGAGCAUUAUGUGAAGUCAUGUUCAAACAGUUGGGCUUUUACGGAAAUACGGAAAUGUAUUAUUCGUCGGAGAACUCCUUAAUUGAUCGAACAUUAGAACUCAGACGUGGAGUUCCUGUAACACUGGCAAUUGUCUUUGAAAGUGUUGCUCGAAGACUUGGGGUACGCUGCGAGCCAACAUCCUUCCCUUCGCACUUUUUACUGAGAUGGAAGGAAAAAUACACUCCUCCUGAAUCGGAAAGGUCUGAGAACUUUUACAUCGAUGUGUUCAACGGUGGUCAAUUUAUAACAAAGAACAAUUGUCCACGCAUCAGCGGUUCGGCUAGUUGUCCCGUUGAGAAAUCAACGAAACAUUCAGCAGCAACCGCUGUUGAGGUGGUGGAACGAAUAGCGAAUAACCUAGAAGCUGCUGGUCGACAACGUACAUAUUUGAACGGCAGAGCUGCAAGGCUGCGCUCGGUUUUGGAACUUUUGCACUUGGUUAAACCACGAGACAACAAUACGAUAUUGGACUUGGCACGCUUUUACAUGCUACAUCAAAUGGACUUAACCGACUUAAUUAAGGUUCUGAACAAUAUACAGGAGUAUCAAGAUUUGGGAACACGCAAUCAAGCUAAUCAUCUUCUACAAAUGCUGCAAGACUAUGACACUCAUAUCAAAGUUGUGCAAGAAGAAGAUGUAACGCCUAAAACCAGGAUUCCUGAGGUGAAGUUUGCUAUAGGACUGAUAAUGAAACAUCGGAUGUAUGGUUACUUGUGUGUGAUAACUGGAUGGGACCCAUACUGCGCAGCUUCUCCAGAAUGGAUCACUGAAAUGGCAGUAGCAGAAUUAUCUGGUGGGGUCCAGCAACCGUACUACACUGUAUUUACUGAAGACGGUUCAUCGCGUUAUGCUGCUCAAGAAAAUCUGGAAAUGGCUCAAACACCUGCAUGGGUGAAUCACUAUGAAAUCGGUAGAUACUUCUGCAAAUUCCUUGGCACUCACUAUGUGCCCAACGAAGAAAAGUCCAAGGAGUAUCCAGAAGAUGCUGAAGUACGGAAUCGCCUUCUUGAAGUUUACCAGUAACACGUGGCUGUACUUUACUUAUCGACCCGAGGUGAAGUAAUAACUAACGUUAAAAUAAAUAGAUGAGAAUAUCAUACUACUCAACAUUCCCGGGAACCCAUUUCCGGUGUAAAAUUUGUACGGAUCCUUCAAUUCUUCACUGGCUUAACGUGGACAUUAACCGUUCGUAUUAACCGUCAUGUUAAUAGUAUUUUAGUACACAAUUUUUGUUGAAUUUAGUUGUGACGGUUCAAUUUUGAGAGACAUACCAGAGCGAAGUGUGUAUAUUUCUGAACAAAAUAGGAUAGUUUCUUCGCACUGUAUUGAGCCCAUUUAGAUGGUCAUAUAUUUUUGGAUGGAGGUUAGGAAGUGUAUCCAUUACUCCGAAAAAAACCUUUUUAGUAUUCCCUCUACGGUUGCUAUAAUUGCGUACUUCUAUGUUAGUGUGAACAAUACGCGAUGCAAUAUUUAUUAUUACAUUAAUUAUCUCCUGUGUAAUGUACAGAAAGGAACACCGAGAAAAAUAUAAUAUGAUCCCACUUAA